AUGUCUUCAGAAGACAAAGAAGCUCAGGAGGAUGAGCUGCUGGCCCUGGCCAGCAUUUACGAUGAAGAUGAGUUCAAGAGAGCAGAGUCUGCCCAGGGAGGAGAAACAAGAAUUUGCCUGGAGUUGCCCCCAGGCUUCAAAGUUUUUGUGAGUGGCAACUCCACGGAAAGCCUCCAGAGCAGCAGGUUCGAGUACCCCGUGUGCUUUCUGCCGCCCCUCGUGCUGCAUUUUGAACUGCCCCCGGAUUACCCCUCAACCUCCCCGCCGGCCUUCACCCUCAGCGGGAAAUGGCUCUCCCAGGCCCAG